CUUAUCCUCGACUGAAUAUCCUUCUUUCCAUCUCUCUCCCACAAGUCUUCCAUGGAGUCUGAAGCUCGACCCGAUAAGGAUAUCGGGUCCCAGGGAUUAAGAAAACGGAUUCUCCAGAUGGGACAUUCAUGGCUAACUCCAUUCCCUGGUGACGAAGUCCAAGUUCAUUACAGUGGGCGCGUUGAGGGUGGGGCAUAUUUUGAUUCCAGCCGCGAUAGAGGAGCUCCAUUCUGCUUCAAAUCAGGCCAAUGUGAAGUUAUCAAAGGAUGGGAAGAGGGGGUUGCCACGAUGAAGAAGGGUGAGAGGGCAAUUUUUACAAUACCACCAGAUUUGGCCUAUGGAGAGACUGGUUUACCACCUCUUAUUCCUCCCAAUUCAACACUCAUUUAUGAUAUUGAAAUGCUGUCUUGGAAUACCAUCAGAGACUUAACUGGUGAUGGAGGAAUAUUGAAGAAGAUAAUGACGGAGGGUGAGGGAUGGGCCACUCCUAAGGAUGGAGAUGAAGUUUUAGUUAAGUAUGAGGUAAGGCUCGAGAAUGGAACAGAAGUCUCCAAGUGUGAUGAGGGUUCGGAGUUUCAUUUAGGAGAUGAUUUGCCUUGUCCGGCUAUAAGCAAAGCAGUGAAGACAAUGAGGAGGGGUGAGAAAGCAGAGCUAUCAGUGAGGUUCUCUUAUGGUUUCAAACAAAUUGGAAAUGAAGUUACUAGAACAGAUGGUGCUAUUCCACCCAAUUCAAAUUUAAUCAUUUGUCUUGAACUGAUAUCAUGGAAAAGUGUUAUUGAUAUCAUGGGAGACAAGAAGGUGCUUAAGAAGAUCAUGAAAGCUGGUGAAGGCUUUGACCGUCCUAGUGAAGGAUCCCUUGCAAAGGUGGCAUACAUUGGUAAACUUGAAAAUGGAACUGUUUUUGAGAGGAAGGGGUCCAGAGAAGAACCUUUGGAGUUAUUAUGUUUUGAAGAACAAAUCAAUGAAGGUUUAGACAGAGCAAUCAUGACAAUGCGAAAAGGAGAGCAGGCACUCGUUACCAUCCAAGCAGAUGGCCAUGAAGUUUCAGGAAUGGUGUCCGCAAAUUCACUGCAUCAUUAUGAAGUCGAGUUGAUAGACUUCACUAAGGAGAGACCCUUUUGGAAGAUGGAAAAUCAUGAGAAACUAGAAGCUUGUGAGAGGAAGAAGCAUGAUGGGAAUAUGCUGUUCAAGGCUGGGAAAUUUUGGCAUGCCUCCAAGAAAUAUGAGAAGGCUGAGAAGUAUAUUGAGUUUGAUCACUCUUUCACUGAUGAAGAGAAGGUCCAGGCAAAUGCCUUGCGGAUAUCUUGUAAUUUGAACAAUGCAGCCUGCAAACUUAAACUGGGCGAGUAUCUUGAAGCUUCAAAACAAUGCACAAAGGUCCUAGAACUUGAUCCAUCUAAUAUCAAGGCUCUAUACAGACGAUCCCAAUCAUAUCUAAGAAUAUCCGAGUUGGAAAAGGCAGAGGCUGACAUUAGGAGAGCUCUGACCAUUGAUCCAAGUAACAGAGAUGUGAAACUUGUGUACAAGGAGCUGCAAGUAAAACAGAAGGAGUACAUUAGACACCAGACUCAGAUUUUCAGCACCAUGCUUUCGAGGAUGGGUUAGAAACAUGGAGUUAGUAAUCUAAUCAUCUCAACCAUCUGGACAAUUUCUUUGACAGCCUACCGAUCGGAACAAAUUCAAGACUGAAGGCUCAGUUCUUCUCAAUACAUAUCAGACGGUUCACCUUAUUCAUUAAAAUCAUCAACACACAUUUCAAGAGAUUAUUAGAUGUAUGUGUGUGGAACAUGUAUACGGUAUUUGGGUAUCUAAGACAGAAUGAGAGACAAAUAGCCAAGCUGCCAUGAAAGGGGGUUAGUUUCGCUUUGCUGUGUGAGCCCUUUAAUUAAUGCAUUUUUUGGCAUGCGCACCAGAGUAGUGUACUGCUGGUAAGCCCAAACUUCAAAGAGAGAAUGACAGCCUACUAAGAAGAUGCAGAAAAUGGUUGAUCUUUUGAUGCUACUACGUCACCUGCAGUGGGAUGCACAUGCCUCGGCCGCCUCCAUGUUGUCGUCAGGAGAACUGCCCAUGUUUACUUUCCAUUUCCUAUACUUGUGUCGGAUUGCUCCCAAAAAUUUUUACAAUAAAAUACUUUGUUAUCACGUAA